ACAAUGUUCUCUUGGGCUCCCCUUCCCUUCCCUCAGUCCCUGCUCCCCUGAUUACCCUGGUCAUCUGGGAAAUGAUUCCUUUGGCAGAGGUAGCAUCCCAAGGGAGCCAUUCCUCUGUCCCAGAUAUAAGUUUUUUCCUAUCUUACUGUGUACAAGUCAGUCCAUUCACAGUGUGGGGAAGGUUUGUAUGGGGCCAGGGCCUAGAGAACCACUUGACUAUCUAGCAAGACUGUGUUCAUUGAACCCUCACAGGCAACAAAGGACUUUAUAAGGAAAAUUUAUAUACACGAACAGUUAAGUAAUAGUUAAAUAUGUUCACAAAGUAUCUUAGGACUUAAAGGGACUUUGCGGAUCAACCAGUCCAUUUUCAGUUGUAGAAACUGAGCCCCAAAGAAAUUGGGUAAUUUGACCAGGUCACAAUCUGGUGAGGAGAACAAACAUUGCAUCACAGAUACAUAAGGAUAACUGCAACAGCUACACGCACUGAGAGGAUCCAAAGAGCACAGAAAGAAAUUGGUGAAUGGUUUGUAUGAGCAAGGAAAAGAAUUUCAAGUUGCAGCUCAGAUGACAGAAGGAAUGUACUUUGGCAGCAGGGGGCGAGGGUGGGUCGGUUUUUCCAUGCACAGGCAAAGGCUAAAGUAGGACUGGGGACAGAGAAGCAGGAAGGAGGACGUGAGCAUAGGAAGGAGCAGUUAAGAGCAGCAGACAAUAAGCUUCUUAGGCAGUUCCCCGGAAAUGUCAGCCGAUAAGAUAAAGCACCAGAUCCUCCCCCGUGGCAAUGAUUAAAGACAAACUACAGCCGACGGGAAAGCGACCAGGGGGGAAAUGGAGACACUGAUGCCCAGGUGUAGAAAAGGGCUUGAUGCUGCCUCAAGACAGGGGUGCUAGUCCCACCUGCUCAUGCAGCCCCAGGAGCUGGCUGUAGCGCACCCGACAGUGCAGGACUCCAUUCACGUGAAUGUUAUAGGCCUGAGGACACAAAAGCAGACUCGGGAUCUGGGAUGAAGGCGGAGCUUUCUUCUCGGCCUGGGACAGGGGGGAGGGAGAUGACCCAAGAAGAGAAGCUGCAGCUUCGGAAGGAAAAGAAACAGCAGAAGAAGAAACGGAAGGAGGAAAAGGGGGCAGAACCAGAAACUGGCUCUGCUGUAUCUGCAGCCCAAUGUCAAGUAGGCCCAACCAAAGAACUGCUGGGACCAGGCAGUCAGUUGGGCACUGCUGGGGAGAAAGUUCCAGCUGGUCGGAGUAAAGCUGAACUUCGUGCUGAACGGCGGGCCAAGCAGGAGGCUGAGCGUGCCCUGAAACAGGCAAGAAAAGGGGAACAAGGAGGGCUCCCUCCUCCAGCCCACCCCAGCACAGCUGGAGAAACCCCCUCAGGAGUUAAGCAUGUCCCUGAGCACACUCAGGUUGAUGACCCCACACUUCUUCGAAGACUUGUUAAAAAACCAGAGCGACAACAGGUUCCUACACGAAAGGACUAUGGAUCCAAAGUCAGUCUCUUCUCCCAUCUACCCCAGUACAGCAGACACAACUCUCUGACCCAGUAUAUGAGCAUCCCAUCCUCUGUGAUCCACCCAGCCAUGGUGCGACUCGGCCUGCAGUACUCCCAGGGCCUGAUCAGUGGCUCCAAUGCCCGGUGUAUUGCCCUGCUUCGUGCCUUGCAGCAGGUGAUUCAGGAUUACACAACACCUCCCAAUGAAGAACUCUCAAGAGACCUAGUGAAUAAACUAAAGCCCUACUUCAGUUUCCUGACCCAGUGCCGUCCCCUGUCAGCAAGCAUGUACAAUGCUAUCAAGUUCCUUAACAAGGAGAUCACCAGUGUGAGCGGCUCCGAGCGGGAAGAGGAGGCCAAGUCACAACUUCGAGCAGCCAUUGAUCGGUAUGUGCAAGAGAAGAUUGUGCUUGCAUCUCAGGCAAUUUCACGCUUUGCUUAUAAGAAGAUCAGUAAUGGAGAUGUGAUCCUGGUAUAUGGAUGCUCAUCUCUGGUAUCACGAAUUCUUCAGGAGGCUUGGACUAAGGGCCGGCGGUUUCGGGUGGUAGUGGUGGAUAGCCGGCCACGGCUGGAGGGAAGACACACGCUACGUUCUCUGGUCCGUGCUGGGGUCCCUGCCUCCUACCUGCUGAUUCCUGCAGCCUCCUAUGUGCUCCCAGAGGUUUCUAAGGUGCUAUUGGGAGCUCACGCACUCCUGGCCAACGGGUCUGUGAUGUCACGGGUAGGGACGGCACAGCUAGCUCUGGUGGCACGAGCCCAUAAUGUGCCAGUGCUGGUCUGCUGUGAGACAUACAAGUUCUGUGAGCGUGUGCAGACUGAUGCCUUUGUCUCUAAUGAGCUAGAUGACCCUGACGAUCUGCUGUGUGAGCGAGGAGAACGUGUGGCCCUGGCUAACUGGCAGAACCACUCGUCCCUACGGUUGUUGAAUCUGGUCUAUGAUGUGACUCCCCCAGAGCUUGUGGAUCUGGUGAUCACAGAGCUGGGAAUGAUCCCUUGCAGUUCUGUACCUGUUGUCCUUCGAGUCAAGAGUAGUGACCAGUGAGUGGGGGAACACAGGGUCAAUAAAGGACACACUCCCUACACUCAGCAA